CAUUAAAUCCAGUGUGCACGCAUGGUCCCCAUUUAAUCCCUGCCAGGAAUAAUUUACAUUUUAGUGAAUCCCCCACUGGAUGAGCCCCUUUAAAAGGGGUCGCCUUGUUUUCCAGUGCUUACAUUUCCUUCUUCUUUCCACGGCAUCGCGUGUGUCUGCAGCAAGUUGCAACACCUUGGGAGACCUGUUUAUUUUAUUUUUUUUAAACGAGAUUUUCUUUCUAUGGCAUCUAAAAUGAAGGAACGAAAGAGAACGCCCAUUUCCCACAAAGUCAUUGAGAAACGAAGACGAGAUCGUAUCAAUCGUUGCCUCAACGAGCUGGGGAAAACUGUACCGAUGGCGCUGGCCAAACAGAACUCUGGGAAGCUGGAGAAGGCUGAAAUAUUGGAAAUGACAGUGCAGUAUUUGAGGGCUCUCCACUCUGCGGAUUUUCCAAGAGGGAGAGAAAAAGGCGAGUUGCUCACCGAGUUCGCCAACUACUUCCACUACGGCUACCACGAGUGCAUGAAGAACCUGGUCCACUAUCUGACCACGGAGGACCGAGCCGAGACCAAAGACAUCAAGUACGCGCGCAUCCUCGCCUUCCUGCAGUCCAAAUCGCGCGCGGUCACCGAUCCCGUGUUCGGUUCCGGCGGCCCCGAGACAUCAGACUACCUGGGUCACCAGCUGCACUCGUCCCCGGAGCACCAGACUCCGCACAGCCCCACGGAGGCCACGCUGUACCAGCAUCACCAUCACCAGCACCAACAGCAGCAGCAGCAGAGUCCGCCGGCACACUUGUCAUGGCACGGCUCGUCCCGCGGGCCGGCCAUCUCGUACCCGCCCGCAGUAGCGUUGAGUGCGGCGCAUGCGCAGCAGCACGGCGGUUACUUGUCGCCGGUGCAGGGACUCGAACAUCAUCACUACUUCAAUUUGCUCGGCCACGCGCAUCACAACACGUUCACUUUGCACAGUGCGCAGCACGCCAUGUAACACACACACACACACACACACACACACACACACACACACACACACAAAACUGUUGCCUUGUAGUUUUAUUUAUAUCAAUGCGGAGGAUGGAGAUGGGACUUGUAAAAUGUACAUGAUGUGAAUAAAUUUUUGGAGGAAAA